AUGUUAAGUAGGCAGGAGGACGAUGAACAAAAGAGACAGCAACAAGAGCUUGAAGAGGGCGGUAAGGAAUUAUUGCAGCAGCUCGCUGAAUUUGACAGAUGGCGGCAAGCCUGUAAAGAAGAAGAAGAAAAUGAACGUAACAGAGAAAGUCAGAAGGUAGUGAAAGAAUCAAAGCGAUCUAUGAGGUUGGGUGAAAAGGUGAAAGGUGUUGGUGUUGGGCCAGAUAUUGGAGGUCGAAAGUCUUCUACAAAGAAAUCAAGUGGGAAACGCGUUGGAUUUGAGCCAUACUUGGAAGGGGAGAGCCCAAAUAUGAAGACAAAAACAGACAGAAAAGCUGAUGUUGGGUCAAGCAAGUCAUCUGAAAAGUCAGCAUUGAAGAGGAAGAGAGAAUAG